AUGGCUCCCGCUUCAGUGACGACUGCGAGCGGCGCGACCUGGCAGGAGGUAGCCGCAGACCGUCAACGACACCGAGACGCCACGUUAGACCAGCUGUGCCCACCGCUGCCCAAGCUGCUCACGGACGACAUACCGCUGAACACGACGAGCAUACCCGGGUCUCUGCUCACGGAAGAAGAGCUCGGCAUCACCGGGACCGCAGUCGAAGACCUCGCGGCCAAGAUCGCCUCGGGCGAAUGGAGCUCCACCACCGUCGUCAAUGCCUUCCUGCGCCGGGCCGCCAUGGCGCAGAAACUGGUCAACUGCGUUACGGAGAUAUUGCCAGAGCGCGCGCUCAAGAGAGCAGCCGAACUCAACGCGUACCUUGCCACACACAAGAAGCCGAUGGGCCCUCUGCACGGGGUCCCUAUCAGCGUCAAGGAGCACGUCGGUAUGAAAGGGUUGGACCUGAAUGCCGGGUUUGUGGGCUGGGUCGGGAAUGUCGCUGACGAAGACGCGCUCAUCUUGCGAUGUCUGUGGGAGGCCGGUGCUGUGUUCUACGUCCGGACCACGCAGCCGCAGACGCUGAUGCACCUUGAGACGAGCAACAACCUGUAUGGCACCACAAUUAACCCCUACAACUCGACCCUGACCUCCGGCGGCUCUUCCGGCGGCGAGGGCGCGCUCCUGGGCCUCCGGGGCUCCGUCCUCGGCAUCGGCACCGACAUAGGCGGGUCCAUCCGGUCGCCCGCCGCCAAUAACGGCGUGUUCGGCUUCAAGCCCACGUCGCUGCGUCUGCCGGUCGAGGGCCUGGCCGUCACCAUGGCGGGCGCCGAGCACAUCCGCCCCACCCCGGGGCCCCUGUCAACCAGCGUCGAGGGCCUGCGGCUCUUUACGAAGGCCAUUCUGGACAGGAAGCCGUGGCUGCGGGACCCGACGUUGGUUCCGCUCGGGUGGAGGGACGUGGAUGGGGAACCGGAGUCUCGGGGGAGGAAGCUGCGGGUGGCUGUUGUUUGGGAUGAUGGCGUCGUCAGGCCCCAUCCGCCCGUCGUGAGGGCCCUGGCGGACGUGGUGGAGAAGCUGAGGGCGAGCGAGGCGGUCGAGGUCGUGGAGUGGAAGCCUUGGAGGCACGAUCUUGCGUGGGAGAUUAUCGCCAAACUAUACUUCUGCGACGGCGGCGCCGAGGAAGCCGCCGCCAUCGACGCCUCAGGCGAGCCCUGGCGCCCCCUGUCCAAAUGGAUCAUCAGGGACAACCCGCACGUCCGCGCGCACACCAUCCCGAGCCUCUGGAAGGCCAUCCAGGAGCGCGACGCGUAUAAAGCCAAGUACGCCGAGCUGUGGAACGCCAACGCCACUACAGCAGACGACAACAACACAUCCGAGGUCGACGUGAUACUGUGUCCGGCCGGACCCGGCGUCGCGCCCAAGCUCGAGACCGCCCGGUACUGGGGCUACACGUCGCAGUGGAACCUGCUCGACUACCCGGCGGUUGUAUUUCCCGUCGGCGGCGACGCUAUUAGUGUUGAGAAGGAUGGUGAUGGACAGCAGGCUGAGGGGGCACAAUCACAUGCGUAUCCUGAGGACUACACGCCCCUGAGCGAGGCGGAUGCGUAUAAUUGGGCCUUGUGGAAGGAGCAUGGCGCUGCGGGCUACAGGGAUGCGCCGGUUUCGCUGCAGCUUGUUGGGAGGAGGUAUGAGGACGAGAAGCUGUUGCGGGCACUGGAGAACCUGCUUGAUGCGGCUGGGCUACCUCGAUCUUGCUGA